GUCGCCGCCAUAUUGGAUGUGGGAAGAAUCGGAGCGAAGAAGAUGCCUCAUUCAUGUGCUGCAUGGAAGUGUACGAAUCGUUUUACUGUCCAAACCAAAUCCCAGGGAAUAACCUUUCACAGGUUUCCCAAAGAUGCUGCUCGGAGGAAACAGUGGGAGGUAGCUCUCCGGAGGGAGGGGUUUUCUGCCAGCUCGUCCUCCAUGCUCUGCAGUGAGCAUUUCAAGCCGGAGGACUUUGACAGAACAGGUCAGACAGUCAGGAUCAGAGAUGGAGUUGUCCCUUCUGUCUUCAGUUUCCCAGCUCACCUCCACAGGCCUGUUGCUACCAGGACAACUGAGAGCUCAAAGAAGGCUCAAGAGACUCUGGCAGUGGACUGUUCCCAGCUUGUCCAAGACACUGAUGAAGCCCUACCUGUACCCAGUGUUGACCACUCCUAUGUCCUGCCUUCAUCACCUGAUGAUCUAAGGGCCAGACUUAGUGAUGCCUUGGCUAGGGUGGAGAGUCUGGAAAGAGAGAAGAGGAAUGCAAAGGAUAGAGAAAGGAGGGCAAAGAACACUGUGUGCAGUCUCCCGGAGGAUCUCAGAGGGAAGAAACUCAUAAAUGAAGAGCUGAAAGACAAGCUUGACUCAUACUCAGAUAUACACAAAAAAAAGGAAAAAACUUGGAACACAGGAAGUAUCGCGGAGCUCAAGAUGGCGCCUCGGAAGAGGAGUGUAGUGUGGAAUUUUUUCCGAGUGAAAGACGAGGAAGGGGUCGAGUGUCUGCUCUGCAUGCUGUACCUCAUCCACAAGGGCCACACCACCAGCAUGCUGCGGCACCUGCGGAUCAAACACCCCGCAGAGUUCGCCAGCGCCGAGCUGCUGGCGGUGCCGGAGGCGGAGCCGGGGCCACACGGGGAGCAGCAAGCCGAGGCGGACGGCGAGCAGUACUGCUCCGUGGAGGUGGCGCUUGAGGACGAGGACUCUGACAUCACCACAGUGAACGGAGCGGAGAUUUCCUGCGCAAUCAAUGAAAUCAUCGAAGCUGCAGAAGAUGCCACGGUAGACCCGAAGAAACAAAAAGAAGCUAACGGUGACAUACGUACAUCGCGCAAACGGAGCUCGAUUUGGAUCCACUUUGAGCGCAUGGAAAACCAGAGGCGUGCCGUGUGUCUGAUUUGCAAGAAAAAGAUCCACCACAACAGCAACACUAGCAACCUGCACCGGCACCUGUCCAAAAAACACCCUGUGGCCUUUUCAGAGCUGGGGGGCACCAUGAAGAAAACAGCACCCGGCAUGUUACAGCGCAGUGAAAUGAACACAACUAAAGAGGCAACAGUAGUAGAAGAAAAUUGCUCAGAUGUGCCUCAGGGUACAAGACUUUACGAAGCAGAAAUCCGAGUGUUUGAGAGGGAGCGGGAGCUGAUCGAGGCUCUGAGAAGCGCCCAGAAGGAGGAGGCGCGGGCUCUGGAGCAUCAGAGGGAGCUGCUGGAGAUGCUCCGCGUGGCAAACGCCAGGGAGGCAGCCGCAGAGAGAGAGAAGAUCGAGUUCUUGAGGAGAGCACAAGAGGAGGAGUCCAGAGACUUGAGCAGGCAGAGGGAGGAACUGCAGAGAGACAGGGAGGAGCUGGAGAGGCAGCAGAGGCAGCUACAGCACGAGAGGGACGAGUUUUGCUUGUUGUCCCGAGAGCAGCAAACCACCUGACUGAAAAAAAACUGUCCCACAGGGACGAGACGAGAGCCGGCGGCUGUCCCACAGGGAGACUGUGACGGCCAGCAGGACUCAGCGGGUUUUGACACACAUAGUCAUCACUGAGAUUUUGUUCAAAUGCAUGGAGACUGAUUCAAAGACAUUGGGAAAACGUCAGUCCCUCUCUUAGUAAAAUAUAUUUUGUAACGGUGCUUGCAACGAUGCUUAUUUGAAUAUGACUGAAGAUACACUCCCUGUUUUUCUGAUAUUUUUCAUCUCCAGGCAGUAGCACACAGGGCGGGCUAACUGUUCAACUUUGGGCAUUGUAAACUAAAUAAUCCCUGAAAAUGUUUGUGAAUUAUUCUAUCAGAUAUAUUAUUCAUGUCUCUGUAUAGAUGCCAUACUACCUCAGUUCUGCCAGUUCAUACUAUACAAGGAGAUUAAUUAUCAUAACAGCCCACCACAGCAUACGACUAGGGUAUGUCAUAACAAAAACAGGCAAGUGGAAAAAAACUUUUUUUUUACUAGUUCUCUUGUCAUAGCUUUAAAACAUUUCGAUCUUCAAAAGCAAAUGUAUAACUUCUCUCAUCCUCCUCCAACAAAAUAUACAGUGGUGUCAGCA